UCCCCUCCCUUUUAAAUAUCCCCCAAAUCCCCAGGAAGCCCUGUAUGUAUGUCUUCUCCGAUUCCAACCAACCGAGUUUCUUCUUCAUUUUGCUUCCAUGGCGAAAGAAAUUGACCGAAUCAAAGGCCCUUGGAGCCCCCAAGAGGACGAGGCCCUUCGGAGAUUGGUCCGUAAAUACGGCCCACGGAACUGGUCCUUGAUCAGCAAAUCCAUUCCCGGCCGCUCUGGAAAGUCCUGUCGGCUCCGGUGGUUCAACCAGCUCUCGCCGCAGGUCGAGCAUCGAGCCUUCACCGCCGAAGAAGACGAGACGAUCAUUAACGCUCAAGCUCUGUACGGCAAUAAGUGGGCCACCAUCGCCAGGCUUCUCUCCGGCCGGACCGAUAACGCUAUCAAAAACCACUGGAACUCAACCUUGAAACGGAAGAGCGGGGGUUGUAAUACCAGUUCGCCGCCGUUGAAGAGUCCUUCUGAGUCCGAUGUUAGCGAUUCUAGCUUUUUCCCCUCUCUAUCCUCCUCCCAUGUGUACCGCCCGGUGGCUAGAAGCGGUGGCGUUGUACCUCCCUGCGAAACGGUGUCGGCUUCAAACGAUCCGCUAACAUCAUUGUCGUUGUCGCUUCCAGGUGCGGAGUCGUCGGAGGUUAAUUUUGGGGACAAGUCUCUGCCGGCAAUUGGUGGAAUUUGGGCGGAGGAGAGGAAUAAGAAUGGAUUUGAGAUUGGUGGGUCGGAUUUAAUGGGUGUGAUGCAGGAGAUGAUAAGAAAGGAGGUGAGGAAGUACAUGGGGGGAUUAAUGGAACAGAAGGUCGGCGGCGGGGUUUGUGUGCAGCAAGCUGCCGCCGGUGGGUUUAGAAGCUUCGUCAGCGUGAGCAAGAGUGUGUAAGUGAAGUUAGUGUAAGUAAAAA